AUGGUUGGUACUUAUGAUACCGAACAACAGAGAAUGGUUGACAGAAUUAAGUGCAUCGCUUUUCGUGAAGCUCGUGAUGCUGGCGCAACAUUUAUAAAUAGACAAUGGAUUGCGGACAAAAUUCAUCGCCCAACUCGAUUUGUCUCAGAGUGGUGGGAAAAACCAUAUGACCAAUGCUUUGCUGAUUAUUCCAAUGUUGGUGCUAAGCCUAAAUUAUCGGAAGCUAGUCGAGACAUUAUUCGUCAAGCAAGUGGUCAAUUAAGAAAAAGCGGCCCUGUUGUGGCGAAGGAGAUUGCAGAAAAGGAAAAAGAAUAUGCCACCGGAAGAACAAUUAAUAAUUACCGUCACAGAGAAGGAUUAAAACCAUUUCAUGUUAUUCCAAAACCGUUAAAAUCUGAAACUCGUAUAUCAGAUCGAUUAUGGCUCUGUGAUUGGGUAAAAUAUUGGACUGCGGAAGACUUUCUUCAUCGGGCACCAUCUGAUGAGUUUUAUAUUUGGACUGUCCGUCGACCAAAUUAUCAAAAUGAUAGAAUCUGGGCGAAAAAUAUCGAGGACAUUACUGAAGACGAAACAUAUCGUGAAAUGGUACGAAAUCAAUCAUGUGUUGGAGUUUUUGUAAUGUUCACUUACAAAAGGUUACUAUGGGUGAUCAAAGAUAAAGGGGAAUCUUGGACAGGUGAAUAUUUUCGUGAUAUUGUUUUAAUUCAAAAUGUGAUCCCUUUUUUAAAAAAUGAAGAAAAUGUUAUUGAUCCUGAUGAAGUCAUAUUUGUUCACGAUAAAGCGCCGUGUAUGCGAGCAAAUAAGACUCAAGAUUUACUCCAAGACAACGAUGUCAAAUUUUGA